ACUUCCUGUGCUAUGCAAAAGUCGUUUAAAUAGAGAAGGAGGGGAUCGUACUCUAACAAAGUUUGUCCUCGUUCGAGGGGGACAAUUUACCGAGUUGUAGCCGAUGACCUGACCACUUGAGCGGGAUGAACGUGUGGGUCUCCCUGGCGGUGUUGGCCGUCGCGGUGCUUCUCAGCGAGGUAGCCCGCCGGGCAGCCAUUCGCCUCCUUCGCGGUGCUUCCAGAGCUGCGGUGCUGGAGGCGGCGUCUACCUUCCAGCUCUGCUGCUGCACGCACGAACUCAAGCUGCUCGCCGACGCGGUCGAGCCGGCGGUCAGCCUGACGCUUUGCUACGCCAUUACCGUCGUCCACCUGCAGACCUUCCGGGGAGCUUCGUGUAAUCCCUGCGGCGUCGUGGAGCGAGUUUGCCGCGGGAGCUGCGGCUUCGGAGCGGCGUUGUCGGUCAUUGCCGCGCAGUUCAGCGCCGCUCUGGCCGCGCGGCACUUCGCCGCCUCCGUGUGGUCGCAGGGUCUGUCGGAGAGCCACGUUACGCACCGGCGCUUCGGCUUCAGGUGCUUCGACCCGCUGGGGGGCACCGUUUUGGAGGCGGCCGCCGUGGAGCUGGCUUGUGCCUUCGCCGUCCAAGCCGUGGCUCUGCACGCCCACAAAGUGGACGAGAAACUCCGCGUUCACGUCUUUGCCGCCGUCGUUACCGCGCUGGUGUACACAGGUGGCAGCAUUUCCGGGGCGGUCUUUAACCCCGUCCUGGCCUUCUCCGUCCAGUUCCCCUGCAGCGGACACACCUACCUGGAAUACUGCUUCAUUUACUGGCUGGGACCAGCCUUAGAAAAAUACCAGCUGGAUCACAAAGCAACGACCAAGGAAAAUAACUACCAAGAGAGGAACCAGACCGCAACUCCUGCCCUGCCUCCUCGGACCCAGUUUCUGUUGGCAGAAGCACAGAGCUACGAAAACAUCACCGAGCAUCCCGACAGUGGACAGAGCAGCAUGUUCUCCUUCCAACAAAUCACGGCCUACCCUCACGACCAUGACUUGAACCAGGAGGACCCUCGUGAACGUAAGCAGAUCCUGGACCUGCAGCACGACGACAACCCCUUCCAGGACCAUGAGCAGAACCUGGCCGAGGUUUCAGACUAUGAAGAAGUCGCUGAGCAGUCGGGUGACUACGUGAAAGUCUACGACGAAGGCGAGGUCCACCCUCCGUUGAUGGAGGACUACGAUGACAUCGCCGGGAAGGACCAGGACUAUGACGACCUUGGCUAAGGCGGCAACGGCAUCGACUAGUUCCGUGCAGGGCGGGACUUGUGCAAACCAUGCGAGACCUCAGUGCACCUCUCUAGACCUCACUUCAGCUUGUGUCCAAUUGUGUUUCUCAUGCUUUUCCUUUGGCUUCUUUGCCACGCUUAUCUCCCAAGUUAGGAGAAGGAAAACAAACACAGAAGAAGAAUACCGUAUUUCCUUGAAUUGCCACCGGGCCGCUAAUUCAUUUAAAACCACUUCUCACUCCUGCGCUUACCAAAGGCAUGCGGUAAAAGUAAGCAUGCGCUAAUUAUUUUAAAACCUCUUCUCACUCCUGCACUUACCAAAGGUAUGCAGUAAAAAUUUGAGUGUGAUGUAAGCUUGGACCUUAAAUCCUACUGAAUAGCUGUUAAUCUUCUUCCCUUUAUGCGAUUUCAAAUUAACCUCCUCCAUUUUGAAAAUGAUGACAGGGGAAGUGUCACUCGUGACGUCACGAGUUUGACCAGGCGGUAAUACCAAGCAUGCGCUAAUUAUUUUGGGAAGCGAGUUUGACCCGGCAGUAAUUCAAGGCAGGCGCAUACUGCGGCAAUUCAAGGAAAUACGGUAUACGUUAUGCUAACUUUGCUGCUAACUACGCUAAUGUUGACGCCGAGUUAGCAUCACGCGGGGUCCAGGAUUGAACGUGAACAUUCGCCGGGAGCUAAAUGCCUGCCAUACAUGUCGUCACAGGUCAAAGGCGGUGUUUACCGUUUUUCGUCACAUUUUUGGUUAACUUAUUAUUAUACUUGUGAUAUUAAAAAUAUGAAAUGUUGCCUUUGCAGCCGAUAAAGAUUUUAUGCUGACCACA